AUGAUUGAAAUAAGAAGACCACUAUCAGAAAAGAAUUUAGGAAAUAGAUCAAGUAAAGACUUAUAAAGACCAAAUUCAUCUAAUUUACAAUAAAAAUAGAAUUUAUAGACUAUGAAAAGUUCUAUCUAAUUACAAAAACAAAAUCAAAACUUUUAUUCCAAAUAUUUUAGUAGUAAAGAUUAAAAAGAAAAUAUUGAAAUUCGUUCAAAUGUAGAAAGAAACCCAUCAGCUAAAUCAAAAUAAACACCUUAAGAUUAUAAAAAAUUGUAAGAUAAACUCCUCUAUCUUGAAAAUAAAAUCUCAUCCAUCAAAUCUCAUAUAGAUAAUAGUUAGAGAUAAUCUAAAAAUAGUAUAGCAUCAAAGUUUUUCUCAUAAAACACCUAAAAUAAUUAAAAUUCUACAUCUGUUUAAAAGUCUGUGUAAAUUGAUUUCACAAAUAGAGGAUAGAAGGAAUUGAAAGAAUAAAAAGAAUUAAGAGAAUUUGCAUCUCAAUAACAGAAUAAAUUAAAAUCAAGUACUCUAGUUAAUAAUAGCAAUGAAUACAAAUCCUCUAUUGAAGGUACAAUAAUUAAGAAACCAAGUUUAUCAACUUUUGUUACUUAAGUUAAAGCUCCGGUGUCUGAUAAUAAAAAUAAUUUUAAAAAUCUAAAACCAGAUUCUGCUAAGGCUGGUAGUUCAAUUAAAACAAAUUUUAAAAGGAAAAACUCUCAAGAAAAAACAGUAGAGUCUUCAUUUUUAUAUUAUAUAUCUUCAAUUAUUAAAGGUUACAUGCAACCUGAAAUAACAAGGCCAAUAGAAUUAAUAAGAGAACAUUUACUUUAAACAAUGUAAGCAUCCUUAUUCUAAAAAUCUGUAAAAAUAAUUUCAAAUGUUGAAGAUAAAAAAAUAAAUUUACCCUCCACAAAUAAGAAAACAAUUGUUUUUGAUUUGGAUGAAACACUUAUUCAUUGCAAUGAAUCAAUACAAGUUCCAGGAGAUGUAAUUUUACCAAUUAAAUUCCCAUCUGGUGAAAUUAUAGAGGUAUAUUAAACUUAAUUUUAGGCUUCAAUUAACAUUAGACCAUAUGCUUAGUAAGUGUUAUAGACUUUAAAUAAGCAUUUUGAGAUUAUAGUAUUUACUGCAUCUCAUUCUUGUUAUGCAAAUGUAGUCAUUGAUUAUUUAGAUCCAAAUAAAAAUGUGAUAGCUCAUCGAUUUUUUAGAGAUAGUUGUAUGUAAACUGAAGAAGGAGCAUACAUUAAAGAUUUAAGAGUAAUUGGUAAUAGAUCAUUAAAUGAAAUGGUUUUAGUGGAUAAUGCAGCAUAUUCUUUUUGUAUUUAACCAUUAAAUGGAAUUCCAAUUAUUAACUAUUAUGAUAAUAAAAUGGAUUAAGUAUAUUAUUAUUGUUAUUAUAGGAAUUACUCUAUCUAUAAAAUUAUUUGAUGUCAUUAAGAACAGUUAGAGAUGUUAGAUAAUACAAUAGUUAAAAUCUUAAAUUAAAUAAAUUUGCUCAAUUUACCGAUCCUAUUGAGUUAUUGUAAUCUCUUCAUAAAGAUUAUAUCCCUUGA